AUGGAUCGUGGGUCACACCUGCCUUGUUCUGGGACAAACCUCCCCCUCCCCCUUGUCUCUGCAGCUGGUGGGAAUCCGGAGCCACUCCAGAACCCCUGUCAGGCCGCCCUGCAGAGGGAGCCCUGCUACGCCAACCUGGAGCUGCAGACGCUCCUUCAGGGAGAGCCUGUGCACCCGAAGCAGGAGGAGGUGGAGUACAGCACGGUGCAGGCCCCCAGGGAAGACCUGCACUACUCCAUGGUGGUAUUCACCGCCCAGCAUCAGGAGCCUGAGGACCAGAGUCCCUCCCAGAGGCCCCGGCGGCAGGAGCCAGAGUACAGCGCGAUCAGGAAGACACGGCCGGAGCCAGAGUACAGCGCGAUCAGGGAGACAUGGCAGGAGCCAGAAUACAGCGCCAUCAGGGAGACGUAGCUGGCCUCCCGCCUCCCCGCCUGGAGGUCUCUGUGGGGAGCCCGGGGACCCCCCUCCCCCACGUGCCCUUCAGCCUGCUCCCCUCCAACAAGGGGCUGGGCUCCCAUCGGCUGUCCCUCUGGCGCUGGGACCUGCGGGGACCCUCCCAUGGGCCGGCUCUGUCACAUCUUCCCUCUAUUCUCUGCCUCACUCCAGCUGUGCGAUGGCGCUCAGCCCCGCGGGAUCCAGGCCAGGGAGGCGCACACAGACUGUCCCUCCCAGUAGCUUCCUAAGGCCCUGCCAGUGGCCGGAGGGAGAACCGGCAGAGAGCGGGGAGGCCCUUGGCCCUGAGAGCAGACCCCUCUUCUCCAGGCAAGGAGGCUGCCCUGGCCCAGACCCAGCAGCGGGCAUGUCCUCGGCUCCCCUGGACCCUGAGAGGUUGAGUUUAAUACAAGAGACAGCAAUAAAGGUGACAACAUCUUGGGAGAGAAGAGGCGUUAUUGGAACGAUGCCUGCUGGUGUCGGCUCCCCAUUGAAGAAAGCCCCUGCCCUUGAUCCCAGAGGAGCAGAGCGGCUGGAGGGGGCCCAGGGGUGGGGACAUCCCAGAGGUCAGCACUGGGCGGGACAGGGGCAGCCACCCCUCGUUCGCUCCACGUCAGGGGGUUCGGACCUCAGAGCUUGUCUGCGCCCUCUCCCCUGUGCAGUCUCAGGGCUUUUGUUUCGACUCUUCACAAUGUUGCGACCCAUGUUAAGUGAGAGUUAAAAGCAGGGAGUGUAUGUCAGUAUGUCCCGUAAGUCAAAGGGAGGCCCGACCCUGACCCCUGGGGGUACCGGCCGUGGUGAUGCUGCCAUCCCAAUCAACUUGAGCCUUUGAGCACUUUUCUCUGGGCGGUGGGCCCAUAGCUUCGGAAGGUUUUUCCCGAGGGCGGACGGACUCAUCUGCUGGUGUCAUCUUCAGGUUUUCGUGAUCU